GAAUGAGGAUGCUGCUCAGAGGCCAGCCAGCAGGGAGAAAUGUGAAGAGAGAAAGGUAGCCUAGCCUCCCUCAGAGCAGAAAAGAUUCAAAACAGACAAGAGUAAGGACCGGCUGGGAAGGGGCGCACCAUCAGAUUUGUGAAGGGGCAACUAGGCUGUGAAGUUUUCCGAGUAGGCAUCAUACCUCAAUGGAAUGAAAGGGAAGAAAAGCAGUCAUUUUGUGGUUCAAGCAGAGGAUUGGAGGGUUUAGGAGUACACCCAGAUAAUCCCAAGGAUCUAAUGGCCAUGAAGGUUGAAGAAAAGCUUGAAGACAAAGGGAGCCUGGCAGGAAGGAGUCGAGUGCACCUAGACGGGAUGCACCAGGCCAAUGGGAAACCAAUAGCCAAUGGGAAAACGGAUGGCUGUGGAAAGCAGGAAGCGAACGGCAAGAGCAAUGGGCUCAGGGAAAGUCUCAACAGGUACACCUGGCAAGAGAUCCAGAGGCACAAUCAGGAGAACGACCAGUGGCUGGUAAUCCAUCGAAAAGUUUAUAAUGUUACUGACUGGGCCAAAAGGCAUCCUGGUGGGCACCGGGUCCUCAACCACUAUGCUGGGGAAGACGCCACGGAUGCCUUCAGGGCCAUGCACCUGGAGCUUGACAUUGUGAAGUUGUACCUGAAGCCGUUGCUUAUUGGAGAGCUUGCUCCAGGAGAGCCCAACCAGGAGAGAAACAAAAACUCCCAGCUGGUGGAAGAUUUCCAAGAACUGCGCAGGACGUUGGAAGCUUCGAACAUGUUCAGGGCCAACCUGUGGUUCUUCUCUCUCCACCUCAUCCAGAUCUUGAUUUUGGAAGUCCUGGCAUGGCUGAUACUGUGUCAUUUUGGCAAUGGAUGGACUGUCACAUUGUUCAUCUCCUUUCUUCUCACAGUGUCUCAGGCUCAGAGUUCAUUUCUGCAGCAUGACAUAGGACACCUAUCCAUGUUUAAGAAGUCCAAGUGGAACCACCUGAUGCACAAGUUUGUGAUGUGUCAUCUCAAGGGCCUGUCAGCAAACUGGUGGAACUACCGACACUUCCAACAUCAUGUAAAACCAAACAUCUACCCCAAAGAUCCAGAUAUUGACAUGGGCCCGCUUUUUCUGCUUGGAGAUUCACAGCCCGUCAAGUAUGGCAAGAAGAAAAUCAAGUACAUCAACUAUGAAAAGCAGCACCUGUACUUCUACUGGGUUGGGCUCCCCCUCCUCAUGCCUGUGUAUUUCAAUCUGCAAUCCAUGCAAGUGAUGUACCUUCGAAGGUAUUGGGUGGACAUUGCCUGGGUCAGCAGCUUUUAUAUCCGCCAUUUCAUCACAUUUGGCCCUUUCUAUGGAAUUUUUGGAACUGUGUUGCUCAUUUAUUUGGUCAAGUUUCUUGAAAGUCCCUGGAUUGCAUAUGUUACCCAGAUGAGCCACAUACCAAUGAAAAUGAGCACAGAGGAGAAUCGCGACUGGCUCAGUACUCAGGUCUUGGCCACCUGUAAUAUUGAACAGUCUUUUUUCAAUGACUGGUUCACAGGACAUCUGAACUUCCAAAUCGAACACCAUCUGUUCCCCACAAUGCCACGCCAUAACUAUCACAAAGUGGCACCCCUGGUGAGGUCACUGUGCACCAAGCACGGAUUGCAGUAUGUGAAUAAGCCCAUGUUGAAGGCAUUUGGAGAUAUCAUCAGGGCCUUGAAGAAAUCUGCAGCCCUCUGGAUGGAUGCUUACUAUGAAUGAUGCAGAACCCUUCUUUUUAUUGUGUCUUUGAAGUGGGUUGGUGAAUGUGCAAGAGUUCUUCCCUGCUUAUCUGGGAAUUAACUAGCACCAUUGGGAUACCUGGGUGUGCCAGGAACGUGAAUCCCAAGGAUAUACCUUGACCCCUUCCCUGAAGGUCUUCUCUGCAAACAGGAAGCGGAAGAAACAAGAUGACUUUGGCCACAGGAGCAAAAGGGAAAUGGGAGCUCACUCUUUUUAUUUUUUAAAUUAGAAUCUUGAAAUUAGUCAUACCAGUAGACCUUACUCAGAUCAUCUCAGUCAAGGGAUGUAAGUACAGGAAUAGGUAAAAGUUUCACAAAUGAACUGGCCAAAGGAGAGACAUCUGAUGAAGUACUUUAAGAAAAGGUGCAAUUGGUCUUAGAAGGAAACCACUUAUUUAAGAAGUCUGUUGAAGCACAGAUUUUUGCUUGUUUCUUUUCAAGUAUGUGAACUCCUUUUUCUUUAAAAAUUGAUCAAAAUCAACAUUAAAAUAUCUUUCAGUAUUCACUUCAGACUUUUAAUCUUGCAUCCACCUAUGUGUAUACAUGCAUCGUGUUUCCAUAUGGAGAAAUUAGAAUUUCCAUAGGAUCCCUUACAGGAACUUUCAACCUCCAGCCUAAUAGCAACUGACCAAGCAGCUCUU